AAAAAGAAGCAGGAUAAAAAAAUAGUCAGCCUCUUGAGCAUAGAGUUGAAGCAGGUGGUCAAAGGAGUCAGUGCAGAUAUGCUCUGCAAGUGAGUGGAGUGGGUUGAUUGGAUAAAGAGGGUGAGCAGCCUUUAAAAUAGAUUAGAUGCUCAAUUUUCAGCAAUGCGAGUGUGUAGAUGGACCUUUUGAACUUUGCUUCUUCGGCUGUCAGAUCCAGAAUGCUGAGAAGAGGAUGAAUCCUCCAGGUCAUCUGAGACAUCCACGUGUCUUUGCUGCUGUCCCUCCCCGACAGCCCUCUUGUCCCACUGGGGCACCAUCUGCCUCCCCAAGCUCCUGCCCGGGUCCCUCCCCCCUCCCCUGCCCCCAGUAGUGGCCAUCCCAGAGGGGAGGAAAGGCGAGCCAGCCCCCGUAAAUAUGCCUGGAUGGAGGUCUCAGUGGCGUCUUGUCCUGCUGAACUCCCUGACCUGUGGCCUGGAGAUCUGUGUGGCAGCUGGGAUCACAUACGUACCCCCACUGCUGCUGGAGGCUGGAGUGGAGGAGCGCUACAUGACCAUGGUGCUAGGUAUUGGUCCAGUGCUUGGCCUUCUGUUCAUUCCUCUGAUUGGCUCAGCCAGUGACCACUGCAACAGCAGUUAUGGCAGACGACGGCCUUUCAUCUGGCUGCUGUCUUUGGGAGUCCUUGUGGCGCUUUUCAUCAUUCCCCAUGCUGAUGUACUGGCCGCACGCCUUGCGUGGGGUGGACGCACCCUCCAGGUGGGCUUCCUUAUCUUUGGGGUUGGGCUCCUUGACUUUUGUGGACAAGUGUGCUUCACACCACUGGAGGCUCUUUUGUCGGACCUGUAUCGGGACGAGGAGGACUGCGGUCAAGCCUUUGCCAUGUUCUCCUUCAUGGUCAGCUUGGGAGGCUGUGUGGGUUAUUUGCUACCUGCGCUGGACUGGAGCCGUGGCCUGCUCUCUGUUUACCUAGGAGGCCAGGCCGAGUGUCUCUUCUCCCUUCUCAUCCUCAUCUUCAUCUCCAGUGUGCUCAUCACCAUGAAGGUGUCUGAGGAACCCUCGUGUGCCAGCAGUGGCUUGGUGGGUUCUGGAUCUUUACUGGAGUCUGGGGCUGGUGCGAUUGAGGCCGGUCGAUGCGGUAUGCCGCGCUCAUGCUGCUACCUGCUGAAGUGCAAGCUAAGGCUGCUGAAGUCUGGACCCCUGCUGUGCCUGCUGAGAACAUGCUGGUCCAUGACCCCAGCAAUCUACAGGAGCUACUGCCAUGUCCCACGGGUGAUGAGGCAGCUGUGUGUGGCUCAGCUCUGCAGCUGGAUGGCUGUCAUGUCUUUUAUGCUUUUCUACACAGACUUUGUGGGGGAAGGCCUCUAUGAGGGCGUGCCCAGUGCAUUACCAGGAAGUGUGUCCAGGCAAAGAUACGAUGAAGGUAUCCGUAUGGGCAGUCUGGGCCUGUUCCUGCAGUGUGCUACCUCAACCUUCUUCUCCCUGGUCAUGAGUCGUUUGGUUCGCCAUUUUGGCUCACGGUGGGUCUACCUGAGCAGUAUGGUGAGCUUCACAGUCUCUGCUUUGGUCAUUUGCCUGUCCAAAAGUGUGGUCUUGGUCACUGUAAUGGCGGCCCUCACUGGCUAUGCGUACGCCACACUGCAGACUCUGCCCUACACACUCACCUGCCACUACCACAAGGAGAAAGAGGUCUAUAUGCCAAAAAGGAAAACCAAAAGCAUGCAUAAAAAUGGUAUUGCAACCAAGCGGGACUCUAUGUAUUUGACUCCUGUGGAAGAGGAGGGCGGACUGAACCACAAAACAGGGACUCCCUACGGGAAUGCCUUCUUCAGCCAGGACAGUUUUGAGUACUACCCCAGUCCACACAGCCAGAACGGCUCAUCUCCCAGCUCCGGUGGCACCGAACAGGAGGAGGCCGAGUCAGGAUAUGAGAAACGUGGUGUGGGUUUGGACUUCGCCAUCUUAGACAGCACCUUCCUCCUCUCUCAGGUUUUCCCCACCCUCUUCAUGGGCAUGAUCGUUCAGUUCGCACAGUCCGUCACUGCCUAUAUCGCCUUCUCUGCCAUCUUCGGUGCUGUCGCCAUCUACUUGGCCAAUCAAAUCAUCUUUGACCAAAAGGAUCUCAAAAGCUGAGACUUAAAUGCAAAAGAUGUGGGAAUGAUGGAAUCGCAAAUAAUCAAUCAGUCAUUCAGGUUCCAUGGGUGGACCUCAACAAUGCACUACUGUUUCCAGAAUGCCUUGCUCUAGUACCGUGUAUUUGCUUUUACAAAAGUUCUGCGUUGGGGAAGUGUGUGUCUGUCAGUGUGCGGCAGGUAAUGAGAGAAAGUGGCUAACGAAAGAAAAUGUCACAAGAGAUGUGUUAUCUGCCAAUGAUGUGCAGUUUCCGUGUUGGGGCAAGGAUUGUUACCUGCCACCUGAAGAGUACCACACGUGACUGUAUGCUCCAGUCAGGUGUGGUACUCUCUGUACUGAAUCUAAUUGAAUUCUAUAGAAAUUGUUCUCAAAACCCUUUGUUGUGACAUCUUUUCUGUCCAUCGUCUUUUUCCUCAGGUACCACAAACAAAAGAUUUACUGUAGAACUCAACCUCAGAUACACAGCUACUAACCGCUUUUUAAAAUGUUUUUUUAUGGUCUUAUCCUGAGCUAUCCACAAUUUUUAAAAGUACAGCCUGUUUUGUGCUCAAACACAGAAUUGGCUUUUACAGACUCAUCUGCAGCAUCACUAAGUCAGUCUGGAGACUGGUCAUCAUCUUAUUGAGACAGGCCUGUCUUUUUUCACAAUGGCAGAAUGGAUAGAUUAAUGCAUUGUUUCUACUCGUUCAGAAAAUAGAAUUACAUGUGGGACCAUUGGACCUGUCCAUCCAGGAUGAAAAACACACUUAAAGGGGUACAGAUUGAUUUACUAUUGCAACUCCAUAAAGUUAAGGGACUUGCAAGAGAUGGUCAAAAUAUCUUUGUCUUUUAGUCCCUACAAGCUUGUAAAAAACGCUGGAUCCUACAUUUCCCAUAAUACAACUCAUCAUCUGUCUGUAGACCUUCCCUACCUGUUAAGUGCCAUCAUCUUUAAAACUCCAUGCCCUCAGUUUGUAACGCAGUUUUUCUUUCAAAUAUUUGAAGUCUCAAGCCUAACUCAAGAUGACCCUCAUGACGUCACGAUGAGAUCAUCAGGGUUAUUUUGUCCAACUUGACAAAGCUCCUCCAGAGCUACAGAGGACAUUACAUAACAGCUUUUGCUAGCUGAGCUACUCCAUGACGAGUAAACUGGCCUAUAUGUGUAAAAUUGAUGGAGUACUAAAAAUGCAGCCCCCAAUCUAGUGUCGCCUAUUAAUUAAUGAAGAGUUUUACUGUAAAUAUUUUAUAUACAAAUUUACUGUAUAUCCCUAUGGGAAUUUUGUUAUGCAACCUGUUGAGGUAAGGUUAUUGACUGGAUAAUAGAGCUGUUUACUGGAACUGGAAAUAUUGCAUCAAACGUCCUUUGCCUAGAUAAUUAGGAGUAGUAGUCUAGUCUAGUGGACUGCCAUCCUGCCCAACUAUGCUUCUGAUCAGGACAGUCGUCUCAGGUUAGUACCUUGUUUUAGUAUCCCAUCCUGUCUUUAUGCCACUGAUAAAACACUUUCCCUGCUGCCUAAACCUUCAUCUUUUACUGUAUUCUCAAAUGACAAUCUAGGACAUCCAGAUGGGCUUGUUAUGUAACGCUGUAUGUAAACAUGUAGGGGGAUGUCUGAUGGAAGCCCACUUCAUAGCACCCAUUCCUGAAAGACCAAAAAAAAAAAAAAAAAGGAAUGCAGUAAAUGGAAAUAUUUGGUUACUGAAAAUGAUGCGAGAGUAGGCACUGUAUAUUGGUGGGUUGAAGGACGAGCUGUGUUUAGGUGUGUGUGUGUGCGCGCGUCUGUGUGUAUGUUUGUAUACAUAACAUGGAGGACAGAGUGACAAGCAUGAGUAAUAUUUAAGUGUAAGGCUAAUGAAAAGUGAUGACUUGAGUGUGUGCAGUUUUUUCUCAUUGGUUAUGAUAAACUGUAUUGACUUUAGCCUGGCCCAUAUGACGCUGUAUGUUACAAUGUAUUGUGGCCUUCAGUUGAGCUUUUGAAAUUGGCCAGUUGGUGUAAACACCGUGCUUUUUACGCAACCUGAACUGAGUUCAUUUGUGCAUUUUGUAUCCAGGUUGUCUGAUCCUACUCGAGGGGUGAUGAAUUAGGUUCAGCAGAUACAAAUAGUCCUGAAGGAUCUUAUUGCUUGAGGUGCACUCCGCAUGGGAGAAGUAAAAACGGCAGAGGAUUUGUUUGUCAUGUUGACACUACUACAGAGUAGAACACUCAAGCAACUGAAUUAUCCUUUUAGCCCCAAAAUGCACAGCAAAAUAUUGUCUAGCAGUAGCUGAAGUGUCAAAAACAUUUGUUUUACAAGUGCCUGUACAUUUUUCAAUUUUUUUUUGUAUGUAUUUAUUUAUGUCUCUAUUACAAAAUAGCACGUAUUAAACUAUUGGCCUCUUUGGCAUCUUUCAUAGGUGCAAGGGUGAUGGCUGUUUCUGUGAAAAAGAUAAAUUAUUUGUAUAGAUGUGGUAUAGAAGCAUCAUCAAAGCUAUAAUUUAUUUUAUCAUUACCCACUUUUCUCCCGUAGCUUUGUAAACAUCACAGAGCCGAUUGCUGAUGUCUGCUGACCAUCAAAGCAGCUGCAGUUGAGAAUACUGAAAGCUAUCAGAAUUUGCCCCUGUGGUCAUUAUCCAUGUAGCCUGUAUCAGCUGAAAACUUUAUUCACAUCACACAACUGAGAUUCUUUGAUAUUUCUUUGUUUUUUCUGGUGCAGCUGGUAUAUAUGAGAAACCUCAUAAUUUUGUCAAUACUGCUUUAUCUGGGUCUAAUAUAACCACUUGUUUCUUCUUAUCAGAGUUCUGUUUUAUUGUUAAACUUAACAGAUAAACAUUACAGAUAUCUUUAACUGGAUGGGUGGAGUUGUUUUCAGUCCCUAUCACUCUCAACCAAAUGUCCUGUUUAAUUUCAGACAAAAAGUGCCGAUGGUCUGACUAUGUUAAGGCCAGAAGUUAUUGUGUCCUGAUGUGAUUGAUCAGGUUAUUUAAAUCAGUUUUUGUCACAAGAUUUCAGUCAUAACAAAAAGUUGUAUUUCAUUUUCAUUAUACAUCUAUCAGAUUGUGUAUAAGUAUGCAGUUACCAAAUAGAUUUUAUACAAAAUAAAAGAACUGCAUUGUUAAUGA